AUGUCGACUUCACGCAUACCUCACCUACGUCAAACGGCCAACUCGAAGCAGCUGAUCGUGAAGGAUGAGCCUUUUCUCAUGCUGGCUGGAGAACUCCAAAACUCGUCCUUCAGCUCGUCAGAAUAUAUGAAGGAUGUUUGGACCAAGCUGGCCACUAUGAACAUGAACACAGUGCUAGGUUCUGUGUCUUGGGAUCAGAUCGAGCCUACAGAAGGUGACUUUGACUUUACGGCUCUUGAUCAGGUUUUACUCGAUGCCAGGAAACAUGGCUUACACGUUGUUCUGCUAUGGUUUGGCAGUUUCAAGAAUGGUAAGUGA